AUGUCAAGAAAUCAACCUGUUAUUUCUUCAUCUGAAGAUAACUCUGGAUCUAGUGAUUCUCAAAUAUCUGGAACUGAAAUUAAAACACAAAAACGACAAGGAUUUAUGAGUAGACGUAAUCGUCGAAGUCUGAAUUCUCAACCAUCUUCUCCUUUCUUUACAAAAGACAACGGUCGACCAAUUACUAUGACAGAAAUAUCUGGUAGUGAAUCAGCAAGUGUUUCAGAAAGUGGAAGGAAUGAAGUUGCUUCUGUUGGAGGAGGAGAAUGGAAUAGAAUUGCUGUAGAUAAAUUGUCACAAAAAAGUAGAAGACCAACAUAUGUCAUGAAGAAAUUAAAACAAGCUGGUAUUUCUUCAGAAAGUAAACUUGAAAAUGAAGUUGAUCUAGUUACACAACCUAUUAUUAAUGAUGACGAAUUUAUUAUUACUAAUCAAUUUAAGAGAGUUCGUGACUCUGAAGAUGGAGAAUUUAUUGAUGAUGAAAUUGAACAAAAGAAAUCAUUAACAAAUGUUUCAAACAAAAAAGAAUAUGAUGAGAAAGAAGAGUUAUUCAGACCAAAUUGGAUUAAAGCAGAACAAUAUGAUUUUUCUUCAAGAGGAAUAAAACCACGAGCAAUUUUUGCUGAAAACAAUGCAUGUUUAAUGAUUGAUUCACAUAAUUGUUUUUUGUUUAGAGAUAAUGAUUUUCAUAUGAUUCCUAAUUUAUAUAAAGAGACUAUUCAAAUGGGAAUUAUUGAUCCAACAGGAGUUCAUAUUAUUUUAUUGUAUUCAGGAAAUAAGAUGUCAUAUUGUGAACGUAUUAAAUUAUCUCCAGUAUUUUUUAAUGUCUCUUAUCCAGAAGAAGUUAUCAAAGCUUCUGGAAAUAAAGAAAUUAAAAUUUCUACUAUUCGUUUUGAACAAAAAGCAUCAAUGAACACCGAGCUUAAUUUGUUUGUUGGAACAAAUACUGGAUGUAUAUUUUCAUUAACUGUCCAUAUUAAGAAAAAUCCAAUUCAAACUACUUCAGUUUCUGUUUAUCCACUUCCAUUUGUUAAAGAUGAAAUUAAUGAACGGUCUUUAUCUCAAAGUGGUAAACAUAUAAAGUCAAAAAUUGAAUUAGUUAAAGAUAUCACUAAUUUUAAAAAUGAAGGGGAAAUUACAGAUAUUUUUUGGGUUAUUGGUUCUAUUUGUACAGUUAUUGUAGCAUGUACUAAUAGUGUUGUAUUUCAAAUUAUUAUUGAAACAAAAGGUUCCAACAAAUUUGUUUAUGUAAGUGAAGUAUCAAAUAAACCACCUUAUGAAAUUAUUGAAGGAAGUAAAGGAAUGAUGAUUGUUCAAUAUGAAGGAAUGACAGAAGAUGCAAUGAACUAUCGAUUAAGUUAUUUAACUGGACAAUAUAAAUUAAAAGAUGGAAGAAUUAGAAGGUCAUUAUUCCGUGGAAGUUAUGCAUUUUUUAGUAAUGAUAAAGAUAUUGAUAAAUUUAAUGAAAAAGGAAUUUCAAAUGAUUACGUUGAUUCAGACUUUGUUAUUGAAACACCUAAUCAAGUUUAUCAAUUAUAUCCAAAUUCAUUAGUUUGCUUUGAUUAUGACUACAACACUAGUUGUACUAAACUAGUUGAAGGAAAAUCAAUUUGUAUGACAUUAGAAAAGAAUAAUCCAGUUGAAAGGUAUAUUUGGGUAUGUACUGAAUAUUCAUUAUAUAAGAUACAUGCUGUUAAACCAGAUUACGAAGAAUUUUUUGAUGUUCAACUUAUUCAAAAUAUGAUGAAUGAUGAAACCUUAAUAUUUGUAUUAUUAAGAGCAUUAGAUAAAGUUAUUUGUGAUUCAACAAACAUCAAGUCUCGAUUACGAAUUUCAUUAUUAUAUACGUGGUGUGUAAUAUUAAUAUUGAAUAAUGUCAGAAUUCAAGACCAAAGAGAAUUAUUAAAGAAAAAAUUAACUUAUCUCCUUAAAAAACGAUUUUAUGCUAAGACAAUUAUUGAUAAAGAAAUUAUUCGUUAUUUAAUAAGAAAUUGUGGUGAUAGAGAAUUAUUUAUUUGGUAUUGUGAAACAAAUAAUGAUAUGGUUGGAUUACUUAAUUAUUACAUAGAAAAUUGUGAAUAUUCAGAAGGUAUUGAAGUAUUAAUUAAAAUGUAUUCUUCUGAAGAAGCUGAAGAACGAGAAGAGUGCAUUCAAUUAACUAAAAAAUAUUUUGGAGUAUUAUUUAGAGAAGAGCCAUUAUUAUUUAAUGAAUAUUUAAAAACAAGAGAUAUUUUUGGUGAAGAAUCAUUAUACACUGUUUUAAGUUUAGUUGGAGAAGAGAUUGAAUUUAAUAUUCUUCAACCAUUUAUUAGAAAUUUAAUUAACCAAAGAACUCAUGAUGGAAUGGAUGUUAGUGAAUUAUUAGAAAUUUUGUUUUGGAAAUACCUUAAAGAAGAACCAGGAGCAUCUGCUGAAUUAGAUAAAAAUAUGAACAGUUUAUUAUUUUCAAGAAUUAAUGUUCCUAUUACAAGCAUUUAUAUUAUUAGAGAAUUAAAAAGAAGAAGGAUGUAUCGUUCAUUGUCUUGUAUUUAUGAAAAUAAUGGAAAUUAUGCAGAAGCAAUUGAAAUGAAAGGAUUAAUGAUUAAACAAAGUGAUAAACAAUUGUCUCAACUUCAAGAUGAAAUUGAUAAAAUGUUUGAAUUAGUAGGAAAAGAACCAAAUGAACAAAAUAGAGAAACUUUAGUUGUUCAAGCAUUAAAAUGGUUUGUUGAUGCAUGUGAUACUGGUGUUGGAGAAAAAUAUGUUUUAGAUGUUAUUAAAAAUCAUAAAAUAUCAAUUCAAUCAGUAUUAGCAUCAUUACCAUUAAUUCUUCCAAGUUUUAGACAAUGGAAAUUAAAAGAUAUGAUGGAAAUGAUUGAUGCUAAAUUUAAAGAAUAUAAAACAAAUGGAGAUGAUUUAUUAAGUAUGGUUUUUCUUUCAAAUUCACAAGUUGCUGAAAUGUCUCAGAAACUUGCUCAAAAAGAAUUAUCAUUUGCUGAACCAUCAUUCCAGUACGUUGUUUAUUCUGAUGAUGAUGUAUGUAGUAUGUGUAGAAAAAAAUUAAAUCCUGCAGAGUCUCAACUUAUUAUGUUUUGUUGUGGUCAUAAAUAUCAUUGUGACUGUAUUAUCAAUGAACUUAAUCUACACAAAACUCCAUUUGCUGUAAAAGUUCUUACUGAGUAUGAAAAAGAUGAAGAUCUUAAUGUAUUAGCUAAUGAAUGUUUGUUAUGUAGUUGUCAUGCAACGGAAUUAACUCGAUUCUCACUUGAUGAAACUAAUGACGAUUCUUGGAAUCUUUAA